CUCCUCUGUCAUCCUCGUUGUCCCGCAUCCCUCUUUAUAAGUAUCUACAUCUCACAGAUCAGUUUUGUUUCACAACCGCAUACACCGCCCCCGCCCCCGCCCCGCCCCUCAACAUGAAGGUUAACGUUUCCCAGGAAGAGCUCGACGCUCUGCAGGCCGCCUCUCUUCGCGGAGCCGUCGAGGGCAUUCUCGGCGGCCUUGCCAUCUCAUUACCCCUGUCCUAUCUCGCCCACCGCCGCUUCCCCGCCUACCGCGCCCUCCCCCCGUCGCUCAAGGCUCUCGGCAUCGUCCUCGUCGUCGGCCCUACCUAUGCCAUUCAGACCGAACGCCGUGGUCUCGAGUUUGAUGAAGAGCGCUACUGGACGGGCGCGACGAAGCGUGUGAUAGAGAACGCCAAGAGACAAGAGCAGUCUCAGUGGCAAAAGCUCACCCCGGGACAGAAGGUCCUGCAGUGGGCGAAACAAAACCAGUACUCGGUCAUCCUCGGUAGCUGGGCCGUCAGCAUGGCCAUCGCUGGCACCAUCGUCAUGCGGGACAGGCACCAGUCGACUUCACAGAAAGUUGUACAAGCCCGUAUGUGGGCCCAGGGCCUCACAAUCGGCGUCUUGGUCGGUGCUGGUAUCCUCACGCACCAGCAGCGCCAAGAAGCUGCUGAGCACCGGGGCGUAGUCGACCACUCAUGGAAAGAUGUCCUUGAGGCCGAGGCUAAAGAAAAGGAGCAGAGGAGGAUUGGUCAACUCCCGGCGAACGCGCUCUAGAUCGUGGCUUUUGCAUAGACAGACGUUCCGUCGCUUGCCGUCCUUUGCGAAUGCUAGUAUAUCAGCGCACAGAUAUAAUUGCGUGCAGCAUCAUUUUGUUUGGGCAUCACUCGGUCGUGAUUUUCUCUCGCGCUUGUCGCGCAUAUCUGUAUUCGUAGAUGAUAUCCUACUGUAUUCCACAAGUGAUUAAUCGAGCUGAUACGGACCCUUGCAGGACCCAGCGACGCAGACAUCCCAACUCACUCGAACUGAAUACCAAUAGAGCUCCCUUCAUACUCCC